GCCAAUUUACUCCUUUUCCCAGCCCGGAGAUGAGCUCUUCCCAGCCCUGUGUCUUUGGCCUCCUGACCCAGACAGAGUGAGGCACGAGGGAGUAGGCAGCCAGCCAGGUCGCGGCCCCCAGCCUCCGGGCCAAGAGUUUGAGGCCUCCCCAAUCCGAAUACGGUGAAAAGGAGCAACAGAGGGAGAGGUGUUUCAGGAGUGUAGAAGUGGUGGAAGGGGAGAAGAGAGACAGAGGAGAAAGUCCCCUUUGGAGGAGAACUCGCUGGACUGAACUGGCUGGAAGAGGGGGCGGAGAGCACGGAGUCAUUGGAACAGCCACUGCUGCAGUUGCCGCCACUGCGGUGUCUGGCUGAGCCAGAGGGAGGCGGGGAGGGACACGCUGGGGCGGCCUCCACCAUCAGGCCAGUGGGGCGAUAUGCAACCUCUGCCGGAGCCUCACUAACUUUGCGGAAGAGGAGGAGGAGGAAAGGGCUUUGAGCGAAUUGGUGGGGAUGCCGAGAAGCGGUCAGUUCCCUGCACCAACACUUAACGGCCUUUCAGCGUCCGCCCCGCGGGGCGGCCAGCUAGGCGGCAGUCGGUGAAGCAGCCCAUGUCCGGCGUGAGUGAAUCCUUAACUCCCGGGCCCCAGCGCGGGGCCGAGGCGGGUGAUGGCCGCCUGGGCGCACCGGCCCAGGAAAAAUGUGAUAAAGAAAAUACUGAGAGAGAUAUAACUCAAGUCACCAAUAGUUGCUUUACACAUGGAGAGAUGCAAGACCAGUCCAUUUGGGGAAAUUGUUCAGAUGAUGAACUCAUCAGAACCCAACCUCAGCGCUUGCCUCAGCUUCAAACUUCAGCCCAGGAACUGAGUGAAGAAGAAAUAGGCAAGAUAAAGAACUGCCACAAAAGUCUGAGCAAUGGAAAUGGAAUUCACCAUGGGGACAAAUAUGUAUCUUCAGAAAAUCAAAAACUUUCAGCACCUGUUUCGCAAAAAAUGCAUAGAAAAAUACAAUCCAGCUUGUCCGUAAACAGCGAUAUCAGUAAGAAGAGUAGAGUGAAUGCAGUCUUUUCCCAAAAGCCAGGCUCUUCACCUGAAGAUUGUUGUGUCCACUGUAUCCUGGCCUGCUUGUUCUGUGAAUUCCUAACCCUCUGCAAUAUUGUCCUGGGACAAGCUUCGUGUGGCAUAUGCACAUCAGAAGCCUGCUGCUGUUGCUGUGGAGAUGAAAUGGGGGAUGACUGCAACUGCCCUUGUGACAUGGAUUGUGGCAUCAUGGAUGCCUGUUGUGAAUCAUCAGACUGUUUGGAAAUUUGUAUGGAAUGCUGUGGAAUUUGUUUUCCUUCAUAAAUAUUUAUCUUUUGUUUAUAUUAAAACUGGAGAGUUUUUUAAAAUGUUUAAGGAGGAAGAAAAAGCACAUGGCAAGAUUCUCAUGAAGCAACUCAGUAUUUGCACUGUUAACUCAUUUUAAGUAAUCUCAGAAGACCUUUAUUCUCUAACCAAAUCUACAUGGUUUAAUAUGUGAAAUUUUAACUACUUUUAAACUUUUUUAUGGGUUACAAUGACUGAGAGACAUUUUGACCCCUCCCCCCCGAAAAAAAAAAAUGAAUGUCUCCUCCUUUAUAUGCAUAUUUCUAUUUCUUUUAAUAAUUCUCAGGAGCCCCUUGCUCCAAAUGUAUUAUUUUCAGUGGGUGUUAAAACUAGACAAUUUAUUUUUGAUGUUUAUCUAUUAAUGGUUAACAGUAAACAUUUUUUACUUUAAAAUAAACUUUGGGAAACAAACCCAAACAAUAGUUGGGCACCCAGUAUUGAUCUCCAUUGUCUGUUCUCCACUUUCUCCACUUGUUCAGCAGACAUUGGGUGCCUACUGUGUAUAAUCUCCUGCUGAGACUCAGAGACAGAUGUCAUUCAGUUCCCAUCCAGAGGAGAAUACAGUUUAACAGAAGAAAAAGACCUAUAAAGAAUGAACCAUUCCAGAAGGCAUACUGAAGUGAGGAUUAUAAGAGAAUGAAACUCAAAAACCUAUAGGAAUACACAGAAAAAAAACAGCUAAUAUCUACUGGAAUAUUCAGGAGGCUUCAAGAAGAAUGUAGCAUUUGAGGAAGCUUCUUAGGAUGAGUGAUUCAUCUGUUUGAAUUAAUUAUUUAGAUUUAGGAUAAAGUUUUAGGUGAACAGCCUGAACUCUGUGUGCACUUAAGCAGUUAAAAAUUUCUUAAGUAAGUAUUUUCUUUAGUCAUAGGACUACAGCUUAUAUUAAGAAAACUAUAAAAUUUAAUUUCAAAUAUUCAUUUUAUUACAUAUAAUUUAAAAAUUAUUGUUUGUGAUAAAACAAUGAUUUGCCAAAUAAAGAGCUAUAUUUUAUAAAGAAUGUGGAAUACUUUUGAUGAACUGCAUUUAAAUUAGGAGAUCUUUAAUAUUAAAAUUCAAUAUUUUGAUUUCGAUUUAUUCAAAAGCUUUCUUUUUUAAUUUCAUAGCUGUAGGUCUUUUUUUCAGAGGGUGGGGUGUACGUUUGUUUGUUUUGGAUUGUUUUUUAACCAAUGUUAUAUUUUAUAAACACAGUUAAUCUUCAGUGCAAAGCAUUCGUUCUGAUGCAGUGGGAGUCUCAAUAUCCACUGCUGUGACCAAAUUUCAGUAUUGCAAUUUCAUGUAAAACUAAACCAAUGUGGCGGGUUAUAAAGAACCUUAAGUGUACUGAAAUAAGUCAAUUACAUGAGUAAGUGUAUAGUUAUUGAGAUAGAGACUGGUUGUGCAGAUAAAAGGGAGAGAACAUUUUCAUACUAUGAGCUUUCCUACUAAAUUUGAUCUUCCCACAGUUGUAGUUUUGUUUGAUUUAAUGUAAUUCCUUUUAGAGAUUUUAAAAAUAUACUUUGGAUUAAGAGUUAUUUUCAGUUCUUCUUACUGGUUAUCAAAUUAAUAGUAAAACAAAUAGUAAAAACAAAUAUUUUUUAGGAAGCUUUUAGCAAAUCUCAACUUUUAAGAGAGAUUUAAACCUAAAGCAUGGAAAGGCUACCUUUGGUUUUUUCUUUGAAGUGAAACCUAGUUUUUAGUUAUGUCAUUAUUUAAAGGACUUUAAAAAGAACAUACUCUUUAAUUCCCCAUUUAGUGCUAUUUACACACACAAACAAACACACAUACCUUUAAAAUUUCUGUUUUAAAUAGAAUUCUAGUAAACAUAUGUCUUUCUCAUCCUUGUCUAAAGAGCAUGUUUUGUUUGUUACAUCAAAUAUACGAAUAGCUUUGUACUAUUUUAUAGUAACCAGAAUCUGAAUAUUUACAUAUACCCAGAAUUAACUUAGGCAUAUAUAUUAAGAUGUGAGAGUGUCAUCUGUGUAUUGACAUAUAAAGCCUUCUGAUAACCUGGAAUUGUUAAAAUAUUUCACUUUUCAUCCUGCAGAAUUUUCUAAGUGGUUUGUCUAAUAUUUAAAUAUAUUCUGCUACUAUUUGAGCUAAAAAUAUUAGCACUUUUAAAAUAAUGUUUCUCUAUAACAGAGAACAUUAAUAGCAGAAUUUCUUUUUUCAUAUUUAUAUUCACAGUAUUUUUCCUGUAGUCUACAGACAUUCCAUAAAGUGCCUUGUAUGAUUUUUUUAAAAAGUGAAAAAAAAAAAAGUAGGCAAAUGUGAAAAUAGUUUCAAUAUGUUUUAGAAUUUCUGUAUGAAAAUGUUUUGUUGAUUAUAUGGCCAUCAUGACUAAGUGCUAUAUUUACAGUUAUAAAUUUGGUAUCAUUUUAAAUGUGGAAACUUAAUCUUAAAUAUUUUUAAACUGGACCUGUAUUAUCCUGAAUACAUUAUUUUAAAUAAAAAAAUGAUUUCUCUAU